UCCAGUCAGCAGACGGCGAUGUGCGUCUUUCAGGCGAAGCUGCCAGCGUGACGUAUAAUCGAGUGGACGUUUCUUCAGAAACAGCUCGUCCACCACCUCGGUAGCUUGCUAGCCAACUUGGCUGAAAGAUUCAAGCUAUUUAUACGCUUUCGGUGUAUAUUAGCUACUGUGUUUUAGACACGCUUAUGUUGUAUCUACUUGUUAACCUAUUUCAUUUAAUAUUACGUUAUUUUGUAUUCGUCAGCUGUAGUAGUUGACUGGUUAAGUUAGCACUAGCCAAGUCGCUAAAUAUAGCUAGCUAGCUAACAUCCCCGAACAUGAGCUCACUAAACUACCCCACUCUUGUUAAAGAAGAGGGGGUCUGCUGGACGGAGAAAGAAGCUCUGGGGCUGAACAUUGUCGUGAAAGAGGAGAAGGCAGAAGAGGAUGUCACAGUUAAAAAAGAAGUAGAGGGGGAGGAUGUUCCAGUGAAAGAAGAGGAAGAUGCGUUCAGAGUGAAAGAGGAGGAGGAUGUUACAGUGAGAGAAGAGAGACGUUUCAGUGAAAGAAGAGGAGGAUGCAGUUUUUGGAGUGAAGAUGGAAGGCGAGAUUACUGUCACAUUGAAAGAUGAAGAGGUGGAGAUAGGAGAUCUGAUUAACACCAGAGAGAGACCAGACUCUCCCUCUGACAGCGGGAAGAGUCCUUCAGGGAAAUCAGACCCAGAGACGUCCAAAGCAACAGGAGGACAUCACUGCUCACGCUGUGGAAAGAGUUUUACCAAGUUAGGGAGCCUGAAGAAACAUGAGAGGACACAUACAGGAAAAAAGACUUUCCAAUGUUCCCAGUGUGGAAAAGGUUUUCUCUGGUUAUAUCACCUGAAUAGGCAUGAGAGGACACACACAGGGGAAAAACCUUUCCAAUGCUCCCAGUGUGGAAAGAGUUUUAACGAAUUAGGGUACUUAUUAAUACAUAAGAGAAUACACUCUGGAGAGAAGCCUUACCACUGCUCCAAAUGCGGAAUGACUUUUACCUGGUUAGGGAGCCUGAAAACACACGAGAGAAUACACACUGGAGAAAAUCCUUUCCAAUGUUCCCACUGUGGAAAGAAUUUUACCCAGUUAGGGAACCUAAAUCGGCACAAGAGGACACACACCGGAGAGAAGCCUUACCAAUGCUCUCAGUGUGGAAAGAGUUUUAGGGGUUUAGUGAGCCUGAAACAGCAUAAGAGAAUACACACAGGAGAGAAGCCGUAUCGCUGUUCCCAGUGUGGAAAGAGUUUUAGAUGGUUAGGGACCUUGAAAAUGCAUGAGAGGACACACACCGGAGAAAAACCGUACCAAUGCACCGUGUGUGGAAAGAGAUUUACCCAGUUAAAGUCCAUGAAAUUACAUGGGAGAAUACAUACAGGAGAGAAGCCUUACCACUGCUCCCACUGUGGAAUGGCUUUUACCUGGUUAGUAAACAUGAAAACUCACCAGAGAAUACACACAGGAGAGAAGCCUUAUCAAUGUUCCCAGUGUGGAAAGAAUUUUAGGGGUUUAGUGAACCUGAAACAGCAUGAGAGGACACACCCACAAGAAAAGCCUCACCAAUGCUCCCUGUGUGGAAAGAGUUUUACCAAGUUAGGGGGUCUGACAAGGCAUGAGAGGACACACACAGGAGGGGAUAAGACGUACCACUGCUCCCUGUGCGGAAAGACAUUUAACAGGUUAAGGCAUCUGAAUAAGCAUGAAAGAAUACAUACACAGGAGGAGAAGACAUACCACUGCUCUCAAUGUGAAAAGACAUUUUCCCAGUCAGAGGACCUGAAAUCACAUGAGAGAAUAGAGAGGCUGUGUUCUGACUUAUGUUUUUGACUUGAGAAUUUGUGUUUUUGUUUAUGCCGCAUUAAAUCAUAUUGUCUAUAUGAAGUCUUAAACAAAAAGAUUUUCUUUAAAAAAAAAAGUUUGGUUCAUGUCUAAAAUGAGAUACUUUGAUAUUUUGUAUACAAGUGUACAGGUUUCAGAACAUCUCAUAGUAAUAGGAGUCUAUCUCCUGUUUCUGGACAGGACUCUAGUCUAUAGAGUACCACAGUAUAGUAACAGGAGUCUAUCUCCUGUUUCUGUAGUGAGGCAGCUUGAUGUACUUCCCCUGGACAAGAUGGCUGUCUUAAUAUUUUACUGCUCCUCUUUAAUUAUUUGUUACUUUUAUUUCUUAUUCUUAUUCAUAUUCAUAUUCAUUUUUUUCCCCAACUGAAUUGUUGAUUAGGGCUUGUAAGUAAGCAUUUCACUGUAAGGUGCAUGUGUGUGUUCGGUGCAUGUGACAUAAUAUUAAGUUGUUAUAUAGAUUAAUGGAAUUUUGCAUUUCUAGAUUACAGCCUUGAAACCUCUUGAAUUGGAUUUGUUGUAUGAUUUGGAAAUUGCUAAAUUAAUUUGAUUGGAUUCAGUUGCAGAUAAACAUAUUAGCACCAU